UUAGUCUACGUAACAUUACUUUAAUUAAAAUUUAAUAGGGUAUGCCCAAAUUCCCAAACCAAGUAUGUGCUUGUUAAUCUUUUGUAACAAAAAAAUAAAAAUAAAUAUAUUCCAACCUUAGGUAUCCAAAUACGAGCUUGAAAAUACGUGGAGUGAUCUAGUGGUAAAAGACGAAUUUAUGGUCUAUAUUUCAUAUGACACGUUUUGGGUUCAAUUUCUGGUGUUGAUGGGUUUGAUUCCUACUGGUGAAUCAGUGCUAGUUGGUUCGAUUCUUUUUGGUGAAUCACACGAUAGUGACGAUUAGAGGCUAAAGUGCCGUGAGUCUUUUCGGCUCCAAUAAGGUGGAUUGUCUUGACGAAGUCUUGGAGAAAAAAAAUACGGGCUUGUAAUGCGGGCAUGUUACAUGCAUGUAUCCCUGCAUCCGAGUGUAACAACAAUCAAGAAGAAUGGAUUCGACCAUGAUGUGGAUUGUGCACCAAGCAAUGAACAAUGCGCACGAAAAAAUGCAGUCGAAAGAAGGUGUUCUUGAGCGCUUGAAUGGGAUAUCGAGAUUUUAUGAAUUGGCUGCAAUGCAGCUGGAAGGAUGCCUGAAGUUUGUUCGACAAGAAACGGACAGCUACACUCUCGAGAGCAGCUAUGAGCAGCUGUUGGAAGACUUGUCUGAAAUUCGAACGCGCCUUCAAAGGCGUCUCAAGGAGUCUGAGAUGGCAAUCAAAGCUAAGGAUUUGGAGUUGGCUUCGCUGCUGCGUUCCAGUAGCACCAAUAUCAAGAUCGAAAGAAGAACAAGAAGUGAGCCGAUUGAGGAGUACAUUCUUAAUAACAGAUUAAGUCGGGAUGAUGACGAAGAUGAUGGUGAUGAUAGAGAUAACGAAUUUUUCAGUGAGUUGAAGAAUUCAGUGGAUCAACAGGUUUUGAAUAUCAGGCAGAAGCUCGAGCCGGAUUACAAGGACAAGGAAGGAAAUCCGGAAAUAGUAGAAGGUGUGAACAACAAGAGGAUUGAGCAGAUGGGUUCGGACAUGUGGAUCUUGAAGAAAACUUUGGAUCUUGCUUUCGGGAAAAUGCAGGAUGCCAUUUUCAAGUUUGAUGUUGGGCCAAUGGAGCAGCAAUGGAGAUGCACUGUUGAGAAAGAUACAAUGUCAAUUUUGCUCAAAGGAUGUAUGACGGAUUUUCAAGAAAAAGAGAAUCAGGUUUCUCUAGGCUUGAAGGAGUAUUGGUCUGAUUUGAUGAACGAGGUUGCAAACUUGCGCUGCGACUUAGAGUCAUUCGUAGGUCAGAAUGAGGUUGAAGCAAAAUGUGUUGAUUGGAUGAGUAUUGGAGGGAAAAAGCAUUCACCAGAAGAUUUUAGUCAUGGAAAGCCGGAAAAGCAGUGGUCUUUAAAAAAGCAGCGGUCUUUAAAGGCUGAAGAUUUAAUGCAGGGACUCCGUGAAGAAACGGAAGAGGAGGGAGGGCACUAUGUUUCAAAGAUGAUAAAGAAUCACGAGUCCAUCAUCCGGAUGAAGAGUGCAGAGGCAGAAGAGCUGAAUUUGCUGAAGCGAGAGAUUCUUCAACAAAAAUUGAAUUUGUCCAGCAGGAGAGAAGAGAUGGGGAUGCAAGAAAAUAGCUUGAAAAGAAAGGUCCAAGAAAUUAUUUUGAGACUGGACAAAUUGAGAGAUUGGGAUGCUAAACUGGGUGAAACUUUCAAUAACUGCAAGUUCCAUCACGAGGAAGAAACAGUCUUGGAGCACAGGUUCCCGAAAUCUGAUGCAAGUCACGGAGAGAACUUGGAACUUGAUACGUUGGAAGAUGUAUGGGAGAAGAUGGAAAAAUUACCUUAUGCUGUACAUGAAAUACAAAAUGAGGGGACGAGAGCAAAGCAAGAACAAGAAGAAGAAGAUUUGAGAGCCGUGAUAAUGGACAAGACCUAUGUUACUCUUCUUGAAGGUAUGCUAGAAGAAAAUUGCACCGAGUUACAUGAUUAUGAGUUAGAGAACACGAUUUCGAAUGACAUAUGCAAGGUUCUUCUUGCGGAAAUGGUUUAUCAAUGGAAGGAAAACAGUGACGGUAACAACAUUGAAUCUCGAUAUAGAGAAGAGAUAUAUUGCACCGUCAUUCGUGAGGCAAUCAAGGAUUAUGGCUCAAACGGUAAGAUUGGAUUAGUUAAGUGUCAGGAUUUGAGGGCUGAAAAUAGUACUUUCCUAGAAGGCACAAUAAGAGAGGAUGUAUGCUGGACCCUUUUGCAGGAAAUGUUCAAGGAGUGGAAUGAAUGCAUAGAUGGUCAUGAAACCGAAAGCGUUUUCAGACAAGAGAUAGACUGGCUUACUAUUUCUGAGACUGUGAAAGAUGCACUUAAAACUGCCAGUGAUCAAUUGGAUCAGUAUCGAGAUAGUACCACGAAGUUUCUUCAGAGUGCAGAAAGUUUUAUCAGAGAGGAUGUCUAUACGGUUUUCAUCAGAGAAACUAUGAAGCAAUAGAUGGAUAUAAAUGCUUUGAAGAUGGAGAGUCUCGUUAGGGAGGAAAUAUAUCAAUUUGUCAGUGAGGCAUUUAAAGAUGCAUAUGUCCUCUUCAGUGAAGCUGAGUCAGGGAAUCAAGAAAAAAUCUCUAGUGGCAGGCUCUCCGCUAACAAGCUAUGGAAAGGUACAAAUGUCAAUGCAGAGGAGAAUUUGAAUGAAAAGAUAGAUGUGGAGGAUAAUCUGGUGCUAAGUACUAGUUCUGAAGAGUUAUUAAUGAAAGGGCAUACUUUCGGCUUAGUGAGCAGCAAACGAGCUAGUAAGGCUCUAGGAAGUCAGUUGGUGUCUAGUUUAGGAACCUCAGCUGACGGUUCAGAAAGAUAUAAUCAAGUGAGUCCUGCAGUAGUUUCUUCAGAUUACCGAGAGCCUUCUCAUUGCCAAUCCGAAGCAAAUGAAGAGAUUCAAUUAAACUCAUCUGGUUGUAUGUCUGCACCAGCCCUCAAAUUUUCACUAGCGUUGGCAGAUUUUGAGCACAGGACAAACGAAAAGUUAGAAAUGAACUGUUUGAGAUUGGACAAGAUGAAGGAUCGUUUAGAUACACUAGUCAAGCUUGUUUCCUCCUUGAGAAAAAAGGAAUCAGUUUAUCAGGACGCUUUUACUCGGAGAUGUCAUGAUCUCUGGAAGGCUGAAACUGAGGUUGAUCUUCUUGGUGAUCAAGUGGAUGUUCUUGUAGGCCUUCUUGAGAAAACAUACACAACACUGCAUCAUCAUUCACCAGUCCUGCAGCAGUAUUUUGAGGUCUCGGACAUCUUAAGAUUGAUCAAGACGGAACUAAAGAGAGUUGUCAACGCAUCAAAAAAUGACAUGUCCAUGUCCAUGGAAAAUAAAGACAAUACAAACAGAAACACUAUGCUGCCGGAAAAUACAGUAAGAAACCAACAAGGAAACAAAAUACAACAUUUCUGAAUAGGCCGGCGAACUAUACUAUGUUAUGUUAUGAGAAGAUCAAAAAGCAAGACAAAACCAAGCUGGCAUUAGCUCUCAUCCUUCGUUUUACCUUGAUACUUUAGUAACAGAUUUUUUCGCCGUCCACUUCUUGUCCUUUUCUGGUUUGGUGAAGGAUAAUCAGCUCUAGUUUGUACAUAUAUGAACCUGCAUUUCAAGUUCUCGAUUGUUUUCUAUACAUCACUCGAAACCAAAAGCUCUCCCAUGGCCAAGCUGCUACAUUUAUGCUCCUAUUGUGUCCUAGUUUUGGUUCUCUACGUUAACUUUGUGACUUCCUUCUACCAAUUUGGAGUGGGCGCACCAGGGCCUGGGCCCAGUGGAGGGCCAACGACAUCACCAUUGCCAUCACCAUCACCAUCACCGCCAUCACCAACACCAGAAUCUGGACCACCUCCACCGCCUACAAGUAGCAAAGGGUCUUCACGAGGACUGAGUGGUGGACAGAAGGCAGGGGUAGUGUUUGGAGUGUUGAUUGGGGUAGGACUGAUCUGGUUUGGUGGCUACGUGUACAAGAUACGUCGAGCUAACAUUAGACGAGGGCGCUAUGGAGUUUCAGCCAGGAGAAGCUAUCUUUGAUUUUUAGUUAUUUUUACACGUCUUGUUAAUUAGAGUGAGAGAGGAGAGAGUAGAAGAGACCAACAUCAACGAAUACUUGUUAAUCCAAUUUUUUAUUUGAUUGUUCUUCCUUAAUACUGAAAAACUUUCAUUUCCAAUAAAAUUUGAAAAUGUCGUACGACUUCUUCA